AUGGAGGCAAUGCUUCAGCAGUCGCGGGCUAUGUGCCCCUUUCUCAAGCGCACCGCUCCCACCACCCUGCGCACUCUCUCGACCGCUACUCGUCCCAGCACCGGUGGAGGUACCAUGUCCAACCUCCAGGUCCUGGCUCGUCGCUGCCCCGUCAUGAGCAAGGCUCUGGCUGUCCAGUCUGCCCGUAUGUGCGGCACCAAGCGUUUCACCUCCAGCGCCGCCGGCAUUCCGGCCGUGAAGCCUAUGCGCCCUCCUACCGGCAAGCGUGCGUUGCACACGACCGGGGGUCAUCCCGCUAGCCUUGCCCCGGGCACCUAUGAGAAGAACGAACAAGUUCAUCCCAACAUUGCCAACAGGCUGCGUCCCACUCCCGCCACCGAAGCCGCGGUCCGCGGCCCUCGUCCUGCCGCUCCGAUCACUUCCCGUUUCGACUAUGAUGCCUUCUAUAAUGGCGAGCUGGAGAAGAAGCACAAGGACAAGUCCUACCGCUACUUCAACAACAUCAACCGUCUGGCUAAGGAGUUCCCCCGUGCUCACACGGCCUCGGCUGAGGAGCGUGUGACCGUCUGGUGCUCCAAUGACUACCUCGGUAUGGGUCGCAACCCACAGGUCUUGGAAUCGAUGCACCGCACUCUCGACACUUAUGGUGCCGGUGCUGGUGGUACUCGUAACAUCUCCGGCCACAACAAGCAUGCUGUCGCUCUGGAGGACACUCUGGCCAAGUUGCACGGAAAGGAAGGCGCUUUGGUCUUCAGUUCGUGUUUCGUUGCCAACGAUGCUACUCUGGCGACCCUUGGAAGCAAGAUGCCCGACUGUGUGAUUCUGUCGGACAGUCUGAACCAUGCUUCUAUGAUCCAGGGUAUUCGUCACUCCGGUGCGAAGAAGAUGGUCUUCAAGCAUAAUGACCUGGAAGAUCUGGAAGCCAAGUUGGCAUCCCUCCCUCUUAAUGUUCCCAAGAUCAUCGCAUUCGAGUCUGUUUAUAGCAUGUGUGGAUCGAUCGCCCCCAUCGAAGCCAUCUGUGAUCUUGCCGACAAGUACGGUGCCAUUACCUUCCUGGACGAAGUCCACGCCGUCGGAAUGUAUGGCCCCCACGGUGCUGGUGUCGCAGAGCACCUUGACUACGAUGUCUAUGCCUCGCAGGACACCGCCAACCCUAAGAGCACCAAGGGCACCGUCAUGGAUCGCAUUGAUAUCAUUACUGGUACCCUGGGCAAGGCGUACGGCUGUGUUGGUGGCUACAUUGCCGCCUCCGCCAACUUGGUGGACACUGUCCGUUCGCUCGCUCCGGGAUUCAUUUUCACCACUUCCCUGCCCCCUGCGACCAUGGCUGGUGCCGACACCGCCAUCCAGUACCAGGCACAGCAGCCCCGUGACCGAGUCCUCCAGCAGCUGCACACCCGUGCUGUCAAGUCUGCUCUGAAGGAGCUGGAUAUCCCCGUUAUCCCCAACCCCUCGCACAUCGUUCCUCUUCUGGUCGGUGAUGCCGAGCUGGCCAAGCGCGCCUCGGAUAAGCUUCUCGAAGAGCACGGCAUCUACGUGCAGGCCAUCAACUACCCCACCGUCCCCCGCGGUGAGGAGCGUCUGCGUAUUACCCCGACCCCCGGCCACGUCAAGCCUCUGCGUGACCACCUCGUCCAGGCCGUGCAGGCUGUCUGGAACGACCUGGGCAUCAAGCGCGCCAGCGACUGGCAGAGCAUGGGCGGUUUCGUCGGUGUCGGUGUUGAAGGCGCUGAAGCUGCCAACCAGCCCAUUUGGGAGAACUCCCAGCUUGGUGUGGACGCCUCUGAGCCUCUCGAGUCCUCUAUCGCUCGCGAAUUGACCGCCGAGGCCGCUGAGAAGGCUGCUUUCCCUGCCAUGAAGACCGCUACUCCUCUGGGCAGCAACGCGCACUCUGCGGUCGCCUCUACUCCCGUCGGCGUUACCGCUUAA